UCGCUGCUUGGAUACGACCAAGCUUUCGGACUUACUUCAGCACGUUUCUUACACCUUUUUACAUGACUUGACUCUCGUUACUAUGAAAUAACUGAAUAUGGCUGUUGCAGCCGAGACAAAUCAUACCUCUGGGAGCUGGUUCCCCAGUGGAUUUCAUGGUCACUUUAGAAGCAAGUCCAGAAAUGACUUCAUCUGUGAAUAUCGACAACUCGCCAAACCCCAACCACCCAAGAAAUUCCUCAGGAGAGCUCAGGAAAUGGUUAGGACGGAAAACCCUGGGCGCCAUCUAUUCUCACGCCAUGACAACAGACAUUCGUUUUUGACCGACGCCCUUUAUUUUGAAGAGGGUCUUGGGCGAAGAAGGAUACAAAAUGAUAACUUUGCCUAUCAGAGGGACUUACUGUCAUGGCGACCAGUCAUGACUGUCGGACCAAACUUCUCCCAGUACCAAGUAACAUAUCGAACGCCAAACUCGAACCAGCAAGAAAUUAAACAAUUGAUCACGCACAGGCCAAAGACAUCUUUUGAUAAUAGUGACACUUCUACAUAUAGGUAUUCACAUGGUAAAGACAAUCCUAAUAGAGAAGUAAUUAAUGCUAUGACGAAUGAAGCCUUAACAUCAACUUUUACCAAGAAGUCUGGAAUUACGAAAUCCAAUUAUGGGCGGGAAUCGGUGGCGACGUGCUUAAGUUGGUACGAGCCACCGCCAAGGACACCGGCGCCUCAACAAGCGUGCGGAGAUGUGAUAGUGAAACGUCCAGGAGCACCGGCAGCUACGGCUACCUACGUUCAUGUACCUGCUCCCCCUAGUGGUCCUAAGCCAAACACCGUAAUGCAUACGCACAUACAGCAGGUUGCGGCCGACUGUCCCUCAACGAUAGUCCCAACAUCUAACGGAGCAGAAAGUUCCAGUGUUGGCUCAAAUGGUGAAUAGAGACAACGUUAUAGCGAACUGUUUUAAAGUGCUAAGCUGAGAUAUCGAACCACUUGAAGAUUUUAUGCUAUGUGGCAAGGCUUGGACUGAUUGCCUAUGCAUCAUCGUGUUGGGCGUGCUGAGCUGAACUAAACGUGAUGUGAAGUUGCGGUGCGUAGCUGGGAACACUGUUUAUAUUCAAAUGGUUUCCCGCUAUCAUGGGACAUCCUUUGAGUUGAACAUGACCAUUGGAUUUGUGUUUAAGCCAUUGCGGUGUCAAUCUUCCAUAAGUAUAGUGGUUGUGAUAGAAAUCUAUUGUACAAAGUCAAAUUUAGGCCUCUUUGUAGGCAUGGAUGAAAUAAUAUUUAGACCAAUCAACUGUGAUAUCGUAGAUUCUUGCUGCAUUUGAGGAUAUGAUGCAGCAAAUGAAAAGGCAGUGUAUUAGCACUGAACUAUCCAUUUGCACCAAAUUAACCACAAAAUUAAGAAGGAACUUUUGUUGAUCGGAGCCAAAAAGUAGGAAAAUGGGCAUCAAAUUUCAAAAGGUGAAUAUAUUUUCGGGCAUGACAGUUAUAAUGUCUGACAUUGUUUGAUGCGUUUAGCUAGUCUAUAGAUAGAAAAAAAAUAACACAUAGUUCUGUAAAUAUUUAAAAGCAACUUGAGGAUACCAAGGGGUUUCCAUGGUAUAUAUUUACAGUACUUUCUGUCACUAAAUUUAAGAAAUAAAACCAGUUUUGAUAGUUAUAUUCAUUCUAAUGUCAGGCUGGUUUUCAAGCCUGUUGAAUACACAUUCAUGCCAAAAGUUUAGGUCAGGUUAUCCAGUCACAUCAUGGGUUAUCACUAUUUUUAGUGAUAAAAGCUCUUUUUGGAAUAAUUUUUAUCAUAAACGAAAUUAGAUCCUGGAUAAAAACUCGAGCCAAAAUGAAAUGGAAAUUUAAAUACAUAUAUAUACAUAUUCAGUUCUAUCCUUAACACAGCUUGUUUCCAGGCAAUUAUGGUUGUUAAAAACAUAUCAUUAUACAAUGUACAGUAAAUUGUUAGUUCAAUAAUAUAAAGAAGUUCCCAGGUCAUUUAAAUACCAUUUAAUGGGCCUCCAGCCUGGUCUGGUAUACUAAAUCUUGAUUGAUACAGGGCAAAUUUAAAUAGCUCACUCUUAGCUUGUACAUGUUGGCUAAUAAAGAGGUAUAUUAUAUUGUUAA